GUGCUAAUUACUAAUAUGAACCCCAUGAUUUUUUCCACGGGGGUUUUACACAGAAGUUCAUUACUAAGGUCGAAAGAAAGCUCAUGCAAAAAAUUCACUAUUAAUUUGCUUGGGUUAAUACAGCCGAGAGGCGAGAGCCGACUCUGGAGCGUCCGAGCGGACGACGUUAGUUGUAGUUUUUUUUCGUCGUUGUCGACUACCGGUUCUAUUAUAACGUUUCGAUUUUCAAAACGCCCAGGAGCAACCCAUAAAAUGUUUCGCACGGUUCAGCAGCGAAUGUGGUCAAGAUAUAUGUUUGCACGACCAAAACAUACCUUGCCCGAUUUGCCGUAUGAUUAUAACGCACUGGAACCAGUUAUUUCGGCUGAAAUUAUGCAACUGCAUCAUCAAAAACAUCACCAGACGUAUGUCAAUAUGCUGAACCAAUCAGAAGAAAAAUUCAUGGAAGCAAAAGAAAAGAAUGAUCUAAAAACUAUGAUUUCUCUUGGACCAAUGCUUCGAUUUAAUGGCGGAGGUCAUCUCAACCACUCAAUUUUCUGGCAAAAUUUAUCCCCUAACAGAGGUGAACCUGAGGGAGAACUGUUAGAAACAAUAAAUAAGGAUUAUGGUUCACUUGAGAACUUCAAGAACAUCUUUUCAUCAGCGACAGUAGCAAUUCAAGGUUCAGGAUGGGGUUGGCUAGGGUAUAAUAAAUCCACUAAAACUCUAGCCAUCACCACUUGCUCUAAUCAAGACCCUCUGGAACCUACUACAGGAUUAGUUCCGCUGCUCGGGAUAGACGUUUGGGAGCACGCGUACUACCUUCAAUAUAAAAACGUUCGAGCUGACUAUGUUAAAAAUUUGUUCAAAAUAAUCAACUGGAAAGACGUUUCUUCUCGUCUGGCUUCAGCGAAGCAGUCAUCUUAGAAAUUUUGUUUUCUGAUUCAUAGAAUAUAACAUUAGUUAAGAUUGUAACAGACGAGUGUGUAUGUUGAUUCAAUACAGAAAAUGGGCUAUGA